GUGCGUCGACGCCGCCCGAGCGGUUCUGGGAUAGCGAUGGGGACGCCCGGGACCUCGACGGGUUCUCUGUUUCUGUCCUCCGCGUCCGCGCCCCCGAGGAAGCGCGCGGCUGGGGAGGCCGGAGAGGCCGGAGUUGCGAGCAGGCGGCAGCGGGUCCUGGAUGAAGAAGAGUACAUCGAGGGACUUCAGACAGUUAUCCAGAGAGACUUCUUCCCUGAUGUGGAGAAGCUACAGGCACAGAAGGAGUACCUAGAAGCUGAGGAAAACGGAGAUUUGGAGCGCAUGCGCCAGAUUGCCAUCAAGUUUGGCUCCGCCCUGGGCAAGAUAUCUCGGGAACCUCCACCUCCCUAUGUUACCCCAGCCACCUUUGAAACUCCUGAGGUACACCCGGGCUCCGGCGUGCUAGGCAGCAAGCCCCGGAACCAGGGCCGGGACCUAGAUGAUGCAGGAGAGGCUGGAGAGGAGGAGGAGAAGGAACCACUGCCCAGCCUGGAUGUCUUCUUGAGCCGCUACACAAGUGAGGACAAUGCCUCCUUCCAGGAGAUCAUGGAGGUGGCCAAGGAAAAAAGCCAUGCCCGCCAUGCAUGGCUCUACCAGGCUGAGGAGGAAUUUGAGAAGCGACAGAAAGAUAAUCUUGAACUCCCAUCGGCAGAGCAUCAAGCCAUUGAGAGCAGUCAGGCUGGCGUGGAGACCUGGAAGUACAAGGCCAAGAACUCUCUCAUGUACUAUCCCGAGGGUGUCCCAGAUGAAGAGCAGUUGUUUAAGAAGCCGCGGCAGAUAGUCCAUAAGAACACACGUUUCCUCCGGGACCCCUUCAGUCAGGCUGUGAGCAGGUCGCAGCUUCAGCAGGCGGCUGCCCUUAAUGCCCAGCACAAACAGGGCAAGGUUGGCCCUGAUGGCAAGGAGCUCAUUCCCCAGGAGUCCCCCAGAGUGGGCGGCUUUGGAUUUGUUGCCACUCCUUCUCCUGCUCCUGGUGUGAAUGAGUCCCCACUGAUGACAUGGGGGGAGGUUGAGAACACACCCCUGCGAGUUGAAGGAUCCGAGAGCCCCUAUGUGGACAGGACACCUGGACCCACAUUCAAGAUCUUGGAGCCAGGACGCAGGGAGCGUCUGGGCCUGAAGAUGGCCAACGAAGCGGCUGCCAAAAACCGGGCCAAGAAGCAGGAAGCAUUGCGGAGAGUUACAGAGAACUUGGCCAGUCUUACUCCCAAGGGCCUGAGCCCAGCCAUGUCCCCAGCCCUACAGCGCCUCGUAAGCAGGACAGCCAGCAAGUACACAGACCGUGCCCUGCGGGCCAGCUAUACGCCAUCCCCAGCACGCUCCUCCCACCUCAAGACUCCAGCUGGUGGGCCGCAGACACCCACAAGCACCCCAGCCCCUGGGUCUGCUACACGCACACCCCUCACACAGGACCCAGCCUCCAUCACAGACAACCUGCUGCAGCUCCCUGCCCGGCGCAAAGCUUCAGACUUCUUUUAGAGCCAGGCCUGGCUGGACCUGUGGAUGUUUGUGGAGCAUCUAGGGCAGCUUUCUGCUCCUCAGAGGAUUCCAGGCCUUGGAGACCCAGACCACGGGCAGUUGAUUAUUCCAGGAACCACAAGUAUAUAGUGCUGCUCCCUUGGCCAGGUUGGCAGAUUACCCCAACCACUCCCUUGGAAGUAUAGUGAUGGUGCUGUCCCUAGGGCCCUGCUGAAAUGCCUUCUAGUUAACCCCCAAUCGACCGCAUUAAAGAACACCUGGCACUGUCUGCCCGGGCUCCUGAUCCACGUCCCCCAUGUGGGUGUCUUGGGACCUCGGGGUUAGAACUAAGGGGCUCUAAGGGAGGAACCUUUAGCUCACAGAGCUGCCUCCUCCUAUGCUGAGAUCACUCCGUGAACCUUCUGUAAAGGAUAGCACAGACCCCAAAAGUUGCACCAUUGAGCUCGUGGGCCUCCCAGCAAGACCAUUCGGUUUGUUGGUUACAGGCUCUGGUAGAGCCUGCAAUAUCAGGCUCACCAGGACCAGUCCUCUUCCUGUGACUUGAGCCAGUUCCUCCCAGCAGUCUGUCUGCCUUCCUGUCCUCCUCUCUGCUUGACCCACUGUUCUUCAGCUCUGCCCACUGGACUCUGCUGAGACACCAGCCUUACCUCAGCCUGAGCUGUACUAUGAGAAGAGUGUGGGCUCCCUGCAAACCUGCAGCUGAGAGUCACUAGUCCUCAGGUGACUAGAGGCCAGCUAUGCCUGGGAGCCUGCGCCUACAGAGAGAGAGCCAAAGGGUCGCUUCUUGGCCUAACAGAGUCAAAAACUGUGAUUUAAUCCCUCAGCCUACAGUGUUCAGGCCACAAGUGGCAUCUAGGGCUUGCCCUCUGACUCCCCCUGACACCUUGCCUGGGUCUUGCUUUAAUUCCAUGAGAGCCACCUUUCUGUCUGCUGGCAUUGGACCUCUGAGACCUCUCAGCACUCUGAAGACCACUGGGUUUGGGUACCUUCCUCCUUGGGCUUUGUACUACUUAGUUGUUGACAGAAGCUAGAAUCACCCAGGAAGGAAGAACCUCAGUUGAAGAAUUACCUCAUCAGCUUGGCCUGACGCAUGUCUGCAGACAUUUUCUUGAUUGCUAACUGAUGUAGGCGGGCAGGACCCAGCAGUGGCAUCCCUGGGCCAGUGGUCCUGGCUUGUGUCAGAAAGCCUGGGAAGAAACUAGAGAGGAAGCCAGCCAGGAAGCAGCACUCCUUGAUGGUCUCUGCUUCAGUUUCUGCUUGGGCUCCUGCUCUGGCUUCCCUCAGUGAUGGACUGUGACCUGGAGGUGUGAGCUGAAUAAACCAUUUCCCCCUUA